CUGCCUACCGACUGCACCGCCUACCGGCUUACCGAGCCUAGAUUUUGGCUGAGUCCGGUGAGCGCCACCUUCCACGGCCGAGAUGUCUUUGCCCCGGCGGCUGCCCACCUCUCAUUGGGUGUUUCACCGCACGAGAUGGGGCGUCCCGUUUCCCACAUAUUCCGGUUGGCGGCGGCCCAGCCUUCAGGAAAAUUGCCGGGAACGGUGCUCGGCGAGGUGAUCUACCAGGACAGCUUCGGCAACCUGGUGACCAACAUCGACGCCGCCAGGUUGACCCCAUCCGCCAACCCAACUGUGCAAAUCAAAACGCGUCGAAUCCGCGGCUUGAGCCGGACCUUCCACGACGGUAGCAUCCAACCCGAGGACGGUUUGAUUGCCCUGUUCGGAAGCCACGGCUACCUGGAGAUUGCCGUCAGGGACGCCAGCGCCGCCCGCCUGCUGCAAGCCGGCGCCGGCGAGCCCGUGAAGGUCACCGGGCCAUGCUACCAUGAGGCUAACCCCUCCCCACUGGCGUCUUGGGAGAUUCUUUGGAAUUCCUGCAGGAACGAAUUUUGGCAUCUCAGUGGAGUCGUUAUGGACCUCGACCGGGAGACACUGCUUAAGCUCUACACCACCAUGUCGCGCAUUCGAAACUUCGAAGAGCGGGGCAUCCCCGAAACCGGCCAGCGCCGAAUGUCGGCAUCGGUGCACUCCUCGGCGGGCCAGGAGGCAGUCCCCACCGGCGUGUGCGCCCACCUGACCAACGAAGAUUACAUCGGCAGCACCCACCGCGGUCACGGGCACUGCAUCGCCAAGGGAGUGGACCCCAAGCUCAUGAUGGCCGAGCUUUUCGGACGGUCCACCGGGCCCAACAAGGGUCAAGGCGGGGCGAUGCACAUCGCCGACAUGAGCAAGGGAAUGCUGGGCCAAACAACGAAAGGGAAGAAGCAGACGGAUGCGUGGCGAAAGGAAGCCAGCUCCGCUCUGACCUCCAAGCUGAAGAAGCUCGGCCGGGUCGCCGUGGCAUUUCUCGGCGACGGCGGAGCCAAUCAAGGAGUGCUUCACGAGUCCAUGAACCUGGCUUCGGUUUGGAAGCUGCCGGUGAUUUUCUGUUGCGAGAACAACGGUUACGCCGAGUCCACGCCGGUGGAAUACGGCCUUUCCAUCACCAACGUCUCCGACCGUGCCGCGGGAUACAACAUGCCCGGGAUCCACGUCGACGGCAUGGACGUUUUCGCGGUCUACGAUGCCGCAGGCCAGGCGGUGGCCCGCGCCCGCGCCGGCGAUGGCCCUUCCCUGUUGGAGUGCCGGACCUACCGUUACUACGGCCACACGGUGUUCGACAACCCCAGGACUUACCGCACCGAGGAAGAAGAGGCCCACUGGCGAGCCCGCGACCCACUCAAACAAUUUCGAGAGGCGGUCGUCCCCCAGGGAGACAUCACUGCCGAGGAACUGGACCAGAUCGACAAGGAUUCGGAAAACUUGAUGGAAGAGGCCAUCAAGUUUGCCGACGAGAGCCCCAUGCCAGAACCCCUGGAAAUCUACGACGACGUUUAUGUCAACUACCCAAUGGAGUUGCUAAAACGCGGCGCCAACAUGGAGAUUUAA